AGCCAGAGAGGAAAGAGAUCCCUCCCCAGCAUCCUUGCCUUUUUGCAUCCAGGAGGGAGCGGCUGGCUGGCUGGGAAAAGGAAGGGAACUGUGCGCCAUGGCCAGCCUUACAGUCUACAGCACCUCAGUCACUGGCUCCAGGGAGAUCAAGUCCCAGCAAAGCGAAGUCACCAGGAUCCUGGACGGGAAGAACAUCAAGUACAACCUGGUGGACAUCUCCCAGGACAACGCCUUGCGGGAAGAGAUGCGGGCCAAGUCGGGCGACCCCAAAGCCAUCCCGCCCCAGAUCUUCAACGGGGACAGCUACUGCGGGGACUACGAACUCUUUGUGGAAGCCGUGGAACAGAACACCCUGAAGGAAUUCCUGAAGUUAGCCUGAGCAUGCCUCUUCCCAACCCUGUCCUUUCCCCUUUUCUCUCCCAACUCCAUUUUGUCCCAACGUAUUCCAAAUGGAUCAUCUCAUAGCCUCCCACUCCCCAAAUCAUUGGCAAUCCUUUCCUAACCCUCUGUGACCAAACCCCUCCACAGCUGCCUCUGAAUUUUGUUGCCUGCGUUAUUCUCUAUUCUUAAGACUUUUCACCUUCCUCUGGAGGCAGCUGGGCCUUGUGCCUCUGUGGACAGAGAAAUCUUCCAGUCAAGGACACCAAUCGGAAAGCAGAGCUUUCCCCAACUUUUUUUCCAAAAUCCUUUCUGAAGCUGAACCUGCCCUUGAGAAGAAAAGGGUGGGCUGCAGCUGCUUCCUGUCUUAUCACCAAUUGCCCUCAAUGCGCAAAGGCUGGUUUCUGCACUUCCUUUGUCAUUCUAACCCAGGAAACAAGAGUAGCAGGUGGCUGCCAUAAUUUUUGUGAAAUCGCUACGCAAAAGCUCUACACAAGGCUGUGUAUCAAGGUUUCAUUUUUGGCCAGUGAGAUGGGGUGGGCUUGUGUGCAUAUCUGUCUUAAAAAUGACUUCAGCGCAGCUCAGGCUCUCUCAGGAAAGCCAUUUUCCAAAGGCUGGGAAGAGCAGAUCAUAUAUUCCACGAGUGCGUUUCCUCCCCGCAGUGGGAAAACCCACCUGCCCUUGGAUGGGUAAGGAGUGAGGCACACAUGAUCCGAAUCUGCUCUCGCAUCAGCUCUCUCAUGCUUUCCUUGGCAGAGCCGGCCUUUUGCAAACAUGGACCAAGUGCAUUUUGUUUGUGUUUUUUUGUUUUGUUUUGUUCUUGCUCAAAGCAAUUUGUAAACAGCCAUCUCCUCUGAGAUGCUAUUAAAUGUUGCUAAAAACCUC